UUAGAGAGAAAAGAAGAGUAAAAAACUGAUACAAACAUGAGAUUCUUGAAAUGAACGUUAAGAGUUCAAAGCAAAUGAUCUCAAAGUGAAAUACAUUUAGAUGUUCACUUGUUUAUCAGUUUGGUCUGUUUGCUUUUUCCCAUUAUAUUUUUUUUUCUAGACAUUUUGUUUUUUCUCGCUUAGCUCAAUGUUAACUCAUUUUUCCCUCUUUUUUACUUAGACUUAAUGUCUAUUGUUAAUUUUUGUGUGACUCAAGAGGGCAAACAAAAGAAAGAGCAACUUUUCUUCAAAAUCAAAGUCUCACCAAAAUGCCUUCUAAUCUGGAUAAAAUGUCGCCUGGAUUAAUCCACCUGACUAGGAUACAUUCUGUUCGUUCAAGUGAUUCUUCUGGUCAUGGUUUUGAUUCGCUUGAUUCUUCCUUUACAGAUGAUCACAUUGAUGAUCGUUCCUGGUCUUGGAUUUAUCUUAAAUCAGAGUUUACGGGUAAAGAUUCUGAAAAGCUAUUCCACAAGUAUCAAGCCCGUCUUCAGCACAAUUUUUUCAUGGUUUUACUUUUACUCAACAUCUCUUUUAAUCUGAUUGCAAUUGCUAUUUACCUCUGGGAUAAGCAAGUGAAUACUUUUCCUGGUGAAGCUUUAAUGCGAGGAUCGGCAUUAAUUGUAUACUUCGCUUUUCUCAUAUUAACAUGUCUGGAGGAACAAUGGCUUCGUCCACGAUUCGCUCGCAUUGUGGCCGCAUUGACAGUACUUGUGGCCAUGAUAGUGUCUGAACAUGGCGGUGCUCUUUUCGCUGUAACUGGCGAUAAAACUGUUUACCCAUUGCAACGGAUUCGUCCAACAUUUUCAAUCAUCUUAACCAAUCAUGUAUUCCUACCCUUUCCAUCUCGUAUUUAUGCUUGCAUCGGAACUCUGGUCAUUGUUUCCCUUGAGCUGUUACUGACAAUUAUAUCUCGAGCUCAGUCAGACUGUGCAUCAACAUCAAUCAUCCGUUAUGCCGUUGCUGAUACAAUAUUUUACUCAUUAGGAGCUUUCAUUGGUUUCUUUUUAACCUUUUUACUUGAGAUUGCCAACCGUAAAGCUUUCCUGGACCAUCGGUCUUGCGUUGAAUCAAAAUUUAAACUUGAUUACGAGAAGGAACAGCAAGAUUCACUUUUAUCUUCAUGUUUACCUCGCCAUUUAAUGGAUCGUGUUCGUAAUGAUAUUAAACUGGUCAUUGAACGUAAAGAAAGAUCUCAACGGAGUCGACAAAAGCCUUUCAAUGAACUGUAUGUGGAGAAAUACAAAAAUGUCACAAUUCUUUACGCAGACAUUGUCAAUUCAAUGUUACUGGCAGCCAAAUUGUCGCCCAAUGAUUUAGUUGAAACGUUAAAUACUCUUUUUGGUCGUUUUGAUGAAUCUUCGGAAAGAAACGACUGUCUUCGAAUUAAACUUCUCGGUGAUUGUUAUUAUUGUGUCUCUGGUGUUCCCGAGUAUGUUGAAAAUCAUGCCCUCAAUUGUGUUCGUAUGGGAUUGGAAAUGAUUGCCAUAAUCAAAUCAGUUCGUGAAGAGACUCAGGUUGAUGUUGAUAUGAGAAUCGGUGUUCACUCUGGAAUGGUUUUAUCUGGACUUUUAGGUUUACACAAAUGGCAAUAUGAUAUUUUUUCAAAAGACUCAAUGAUUGCCAAUGAGAUGGAGCACACUGGAGUUCCUGGAUGUGUUCAUGUAACUCAAGCAACACUUGACUUGAUACCAGAAACGGAGAGAAGAGAGUUUUGUAUUGAAGAAAGAAAACAUGAGAAUGGCGAAUCAACCUAUCUAAUUACUCCGAGAGUUUUACCUUACAAUAUACGAACUUCUUAUGGCUAUCGAAAUGGUCGACAAGUUUUUAAGAACAGUGUUUCCAUGGAUUCUCUAACCAUUGCGAAUCUUCAAAGAACGGUUCUUGUUGAAAGUUUACAAAAAUAUCGUGAAAUGGUGAAAUAUGUAAACGAUUUUCUUGCUGAUACCAUCGAUGAAAUGCCUCUCGGAAAGAAAGCACUUUGGCUUCGUCAAGCUGAUAUUAAUCCAAUUUUCUUGAGCUUCACUCAAGCCUUUACCAAACGAUACGGAACCAAUCUAUUUCAAAUGGAAAGACAGUUUGCCAUCCAAACUGAUCCUCUGUUUCGCUACUACUUGUACUGUUCAGGCCUGAUUUGCCUUUCAAUGGUAGCCAUCAAAACCAUUAUACCAAAUAUGCCGAUAUCAUCUAAGCUAUAUUGGACUUUUUUUGUUACUGUAGUCAUUAUCACUGGAUCACUAACUUAUACCUUCUGGACAAGACAACAAUUAAAAUAUUUAGUUCGUGUUAUGAUUUGGUUUGUCAUUACAGUUUGGCUUCUUCUUUGUGGCACACUUGACAUGAUAAGGGAAGACUGUAUGAAAGAUCAAAAAACUACAAGUUUGGCGGAUUGUGCUUUUACUUGGUAUUACACAUUUUGCCUGAUUUUAGCGUUAACCAGUAUAAGCUUAUUUUUGCGGAUUAACAUGUGGUUCAAGCUUGCCCUCAACCUUUCUGCGUUAUUGAUCUACAUCACAUUAAGCCGUUUGGAUUGUUCAGUUAUAUCAAUUCUUGACUCUCGUACCAAAUGGAAGUACUUAGCUUAUGAGUCUGAUCUUGGACAUAUUUAUUACAUUUUAACGGUUUCCAUAAUUCUUCAUGUUAUUGACCGACAAAUUGAAUACAUUCUUCGUCUUGGUUUUCAAUGGACAACCCGUUUAGAGGUGGAACGGAGAGAAGCCCUGGUAAUGGGUGAAAUCAAUCGGAUUCUGUUGGACAAUAUUCUUCCUCAACAUGUUGCUCAGCGUUUCCUUUAUUCAAGUUUCAAUGGAGCUCAAAGAUAUUACCAUGAAGCAUAUGAUUCAAUUGCUGUUAUUUUUGCCUCAAUCCCUAAUUAUGCUCAAUUUUAUACUGAAACCAAUAUCAAUGAAGAAGGACUAAAAUGUUUACUUCUUCUCAAUGAAAUUAUCUGUGAUUUUGAUAAGCUUCUAGCUGAUCCAUCAUUUGCUCGAAUCGAGAAAAUUAAAACCAUUGGAAGUACUUAUAUGGCAGCUUCAGGUUUACAUCCUGGACGUGGUUCCACAGAUAGUGAUUCUAGUCUUGAGGAGCUGAAUCUCAAUGUUUUGGAAUUGGUAAACUUUGGGACAGCUUUGAUGGAAGCACUUGCUCGAAUAAAUAAGGAUGCAUUGCAAGAGUUUAAAUUGCGAAUCGGUAUCUCCUCAGGACCAGUGAUUGCUGGUGUCGUUGGUGCACUUAAACCACAAUAUGAUAUAUGGGGGGACACAGUAAACGUUGCCAGUCGAAUGGACUCUUAUGGAGUAAUUGGACGAAUUAAUGUAACAGAGUCUGUAGCUAAUAUACUGAUGCAAUGUUCAACACUUGAAUUGGAGUGCAGAGGGCCAGUUCUGAUCAAAGGUAAAGGUGAAAUGGUUACAUAUUUAGUUAAAACUCCUUUUGAUUCGUGAACGGGAUGGCGGAGAAACAAGAUAAACAAUCAUGCUCUUUAAGGGCCAAGAAAAUGCUAAUCUUUUUGUAAUCAUCAGAAAACAAAAGUGGUUCCAUAAAUUUAAGUUAAAGAUGACGAAGCAGAAAACAUCAACAAUGAUGAUAUUUGAAAAUGAUGAUUCUUUUUUCUUGAAACAUUGAAGAUUGUGCUUGUUGGAAA